AUGUCUUCAGAAAAGAGCCACCGUCUAUACGUCAAAGCCCGCCAUGUCAGCUACCAGCGCGGCAAACGCAACACAAACCCCAACGUGAGCCUUCUUGCGCUCGAAGGCGUCGACAGCACGCAAGACGCGCAGUGGUAUCUCGGCAAGCGCGUCGCAUAUGUCUACCGCGUUGCCAGCAGCAAAGAAGAAGGUCCUCGUGUGAUCUGGGGAAAGAUCCGCAGGACACAUGGCAACUCUGGUGUUGUUCGCGCAUCUUUCCAGAACAACCUCCCGCCAAAGUCAUUUGGUGCGAGUCUUCGGGUUAUGAUGUAUCCCAGCUCGGUUUGA